CUCCACUUCAACGCCCUUUACGCCGCAACACUUGAACAUGCCGGUGCAGCUCGAACCGUACGUGCCCGUCUGACCGGAAAAUGCGUCCUCUCUUUCCCAUCGUCCUGGUCGGGUCCAUCUUCCUGCCCAUUAGCACCGUUUCCGCCGUCCCAGCCGGCUCCAGCAUCACUCCGCCGCCGCCCGUCGAGCCCGUCCAGUUCCUGUCCCAGACAUCGGACCCUCGACGGCCAUGGAUUCGUCUGCGAGACUGGGCCAUUGAGACCAUCUGGGGCAUCCCAAAGUCCUGUUCGCGACCAUCUCCGCUGAAACUCCCGACCUGUGACCGGACGCCUCCGCCUUCGAAAGUCCUUGCUCGGUAUGGCAGCGAUGUCGUCCUGCGGUUCCAUAUUCGCAAUGCUGCGGAAGCACAGGCUAUGCAGGAAGCGACUGAAAUUCUCUUCCUAGAUGUAUGGGCAUCUACACCUGAGUUUGUGGACAUCAGAUUGGCGCAGGAAAUGGUUCCGUCCUUGUUAGGCCUACUACCCGAAACCCUUCGCAGGGCCUAUAUUCCAAUCAUUGAAGACCUCCCGCAGAUGAUCUAUGCCUCGUAUCCGAGCCCAAAAUACCCUACCGGGCUCCAAGACCAAACCCAGUUGUCACCGCCCGUGAAACAGCCUACCGAGGCUGGAGAUCUCUUCUUCCGAGACUACCAACAAUUGUCGGUCAUCGUCCAUUGGAUGCGCCUUAUGGCGUCCAUGUUUCCAUCCCAUGUUGCCAUGACCAACGUGGGCAUUUCGCACGAGGGCCGCGAAAUUUCGGCUUUACGCAUAGGCGCCCACUCCGAACCGCAGGAUACCCCUCGUAAAACAAUCGUCAUAAUCGGCGGUAUCCACGCUCGAGAAUGGAUCAGUACGUCUACAGUGACAUAUCUUGCGCGCACAUUAAUCACUCAGUUCGGCAAAUCUAAGGCGGUCACAAGGCUCCUGGAGGAAUACGACUGGGUGCUCGUGCCGACCGUGAACCCAGACGGAUAUGCCUACACAUGGGACGUAGAUCGGUUAUGGAGAAAGAACCGGCAAUCGACAACUCUGCCUUUCUGUCCAGGCAUAGACCUCGAUCGGUCGUGGGAUUUUGAAUGGGACGGCGAGUCAACUCGGAUGAAUCCUUGCUCGGAAAACUACGCAGGUGAUAAACCCUUUUCAGGGACCGAGUCUCUCCAACUGGCCAAGUGGGCACUGAACCAAACGCAGAGCAACAAUGUGGAGAUUGUCGGCUUCCUUGACUUCCAUUCCUAUUCUCAGCAGAUUAUGUACCCGUAUUCCUAUUCUUGUUCUUCUGUCCCACCUACCCUCGAACGUCUGGAGGAGCUGGCUAUGGGACUCGCUAGGGCCAUCCGUCGUACAACACAUGAAAUAUACGACGUGACAUCGGCUUGCGAAGGUAGUCUCGUCUCCGCUGCACGACCAGAAUCCAAGCCAUCCUCUUCUUCCGUAGACGCCGGCUACGGAGGCAGUGCACUAGACUGGUUCUAUCACCGACUCCACGCCAGAUACUCGUACCAGAUCAAGCUGCGGGAUCGUGGAAGUUAUGGAUUCCUCUUACCAUCCUCAUACAUCAUACCCACCGGCAAGGAGGCCUUCAACGCUCUCCUGGUAUUCGGUCAGUUCCUCCUCGGUGACAGCCGGGCUGUAACUCUGGACUUGGAGCCUGAGUUCCAGUAUUUGUAUCCGGUCAAUGGCGAUGAUGAUGAUUAUAACGAGAGACAGAAUAAGGGACGAGAAGAUGACGAUGCGGAUUUGGAGAUGGAAGAUGAUGAUCUUUGGGACGAUGAGCACUGGCUGAAAAUGCGUCGACGAAGGCGAUGACCGUUCUGUCUAUAUUGUAAUGAUAACUACGGAGCAAUGUAUUGUUAUGACCUAUGGCAUGCUGCAAGCAUCCAUGGAUAGAUGAAACAAUGCU